GUUAAUAUAAAACUCCAGUGUCUCGAGUUGAAGAAGCUUUGGAGAAGACUUUUCACCCAUUUUGGUUUCGUGUUUCAGAAACUACACCAUGGGAUCUCGAGAAGAUGAUCGAUUAUGGCUUUUCCGUAAUCUUGCAAUUGCUAUAAUGGUUUUUGCAGCGGUUGGCAUUGAGGUGGGAAGGUGUGGGACAAAUUUUGAUUCCAACAAGUCCAAUAUCAAAGCUUUCUGUAGUUCCAAGAAAUAUCUUAUGACAUCAUAUUUCGAAAAAUAUGAAAACUUAGUUGAUUCGUAUUUUCAAGAUUUCAUAGCACGUGAACUUCAUUCUGUUUCGUGUGAAGUGCUGCCAGAGAAUCAGAGUCCUGUUUCAAAACAUUCAGUUCUGCAGCGACAUUUGAUAGGUGAAGGUUCCCAUCGUCAUCUAUCAUCAUCUAUCAGAUUUGACAUUGACCCAAAGUCCUUAGCUCGGCUACCUAUAAACUAUUGCGAGGUUUUAGUAGUCGAAAGACUGCCCUCUGGAGUAUUUGCUGACCCAUUUGAGCUACAACAUCUUCAGCAGCAUGUUUUUACAGAUAUAGCUGUUUCUGGAGAUACAAACUUGGAAUUGCCUUCAUUUCGUUCCAAUCAGUCUGCUGUUGAAAUCCACAUGAAUGUUGGUACAAAUAUCUUUCACGAAAAAGCACUGGAAAUUAAACUACAGCUACCAUUACAUGCACGGUAUCAGCCCUUAGCUGAAACUGGGUAUUCAAAAGUUGAAUUUGGCAGUCCUGAUUUAUUCAUAUGCUGUUGCAUUGAAGGAAAGCCGCAAAACAAGAGCUGUUUGUUCAUCUCAACCACUGGCCAUACUGAAUCUAAAACAGAAGCUGCUGUGUGGAAAAUACCUUCUGGUAUUAAGGCACAUACAGAGGUUGUAUCUGUUGUGACUUUCAUUUCUGCCGUUUUAUCAACUCUUGCAAUUGUAUGGGCAUCCAUAUUUUGUUCAGACAUUAAGCCCCGUAAAAGCUCCAAACAAUCUUGACCACUUAAAUAUGAGUUUUUUGGCCUUUGAUACAACAGUUUAACAAUCAGUUAUAUUUUUUUAUUUCAGUUUUGCAAAUAAAAAAUGUCAAACAGCCGUAGCAUCUUCUUGAUUUA